GGGCUGUUGGUAAAUAGGGAAGGGAAACCAUGGGCGGGGUUGGGCCUACGAUGUAUUUCGUCAUAGACAAACCUAAAAGCUUCCUUCUUUUGAUGACGGAUCGAGCUAUGGGCCGAUGCUACCACCUCGUUCCUUGUCUCUCCGAUCCUGCUCGGAGAUCUUCGCUGGGUCUGAAAUUGGCGUUGGUGACGCUGCAUCUGGUGUACGCUGGCAUUCUCUUUCUGUUUGAUGAAGAUUUUAUAGAAAAGACGAAAAGUGAGCCAUGGUAUACUGCUUUAUAUUUGUUGUUGUUUUUCGCUACACUGGUUCAGUACUUUAUUACCUCCAGUUCUUCUCCUGGCUAUGUCAUUGACGCGAUGAGAGCUGUUAAUGAGAAAAAUGUAAUAUUCCAAAAGACUUCAGCGGCUUCAAAACAGCCUGCUUCAAGCAAAAAUGGAAGCUUGGUAAUUACUGUGGACGGGAGUCAACUGGGAAGAAAUCUUCUAGGAAGUAACACAACAUCAUGGUCAAAGCUGGUUAUGGACAUGUAUCCCCCUGGAACAUCUACUAGAAAUUGGAUUUGCUCCUACUGUAAUGUUGAGCAGCCUCCACGAGCAAAGCACUGUCAUGACUGUGAUAAAUGCGUCCUUCAGUUUGAUCAUCAUUGUGUUUGGCUUGGGACAUGCAUUGGCCAGGGCAACCAUUGUCGAUUUUGGUGGUACAUUUGCGAAGAGACAGCACUGUGCCUCUGGACUGGCAUUUUGUACAUCACAUACCUGAAGGCUAAUAUAUCAAGGGCUUGGUGGAAGGAUGCAAUCAUGAUACUGCUUUUGAUUACUUUGUCAAUCUCCCUAAUCUUUCUGCUCCUCUUGCUACUAUUUCAUAGUUAUCUUAUUUUGACAAAUCAGACUACCUAUGAACUUGUGAGACGUAGACGCAUCAACUAUCUAAGGGGAAUUCCUGAAAGAGUGUAUCCUUUUAGCAAAGGAAUUUGCAGAAAUUUGCACAGCUUCUGCUGUGCUCAAAGCAGCGUAUACAGUAUGGAACCAUUACCCACAGCACAGGAAGUUGAAGAAAAAGUAAGGCCCUACACAUGCUCGGAUCUUGUGACCGGUCGUUGUUGCUGACCUUAUCCAGACAUACAAUGAGUUUCACAUUUGUUCCCUGCAAAUUCAUGGAGCCCAGAAGAACCAUGCCUGCAUAUCCAUUUGUUUGAGUGGCUAAAGGUUAAUCUUGAAGCUGCUGUAUGUUGGUUCUUAGGCUUGUCUCUUUAUUUUUGGCUGGGUUCUUAGGUUUGUCCUAGUGAUUUUUUUCUUGUCAUAUGGUUUUUGUGAAUGAAAGAUUCAUAGAUAUUCUUGUACCGGUUUGUAUACUGCCCAUGCUUCCAUCUGAUUAUCAUAUUGACUUUUAUCAAA